UCCUUUGAUGGACCGCUUCGUGUACAAAAAGCACAAAUCGUAUCCCUAAACAUUCAUCGUCUUCCUCCUCCAACCUCGAUUUGAUCGAGUUCUGAUUUCUGUCAAAUUAAGUCAUCUAAUAUCAGAUCUGGCUGUCGAUUCGUUCGAUCUCUUAUAUUCUCCAUCGAUCGAUACCUUUUUCGAUCUUAGCCGUUAAUUGCACAAAAUUUUGUACUUUAGGGUUCCGAUUCGUUCUCGUCAAGCCUGUAAUCUCUCGAUACUUCGCCGUUUCUGAAUUAAUUUCUGAUAUACCUCUCUGAAUUUGUCUCCAAUUCGUGGAUGAUUAUCGAUUCGUUUCGAUUUUAGGGUUUCGAUUUUUUCGAUCUGUAAAGCCUUCUUAGAUCUGUAAAUUUGUAGAGGGUUUUGUUGGGGCUCGUUGUCGCGAGGUUUCUCCACCUGUUUUCGGUCAUUAAUUUUGUUGGUUUGUUCCCGAAUUUGAAACCUAGGGUUAGGGUUUCCAUAGAAUUUGGGAUUUUUCCUCUAUAGUCAAAUUGAAUUGGGAAAACGUUCUUUUACAUAAAUUAAACACCUAUAGUCUACAAUUAAGUGUUUAUUUCUCAGAAAUUAGGGUUCUAGGCUGCUCCCUUGAUUUCCAGUCCAUUCUCUCUGCAUUUGUUGGAAUUCUGAAUUAGGCGUGCUUGGGAGUUCAGAUGGGAUUUAAAAGGCCUUUUGAUGAUGAGGAGUUCGAGGAGCUUCCAUUCAAGCAUUCAAGACAGCUGGAUCGUAGCAAUAAGCUGAUUCACUUUUCUGAUUGCUAUGACGCAUUUCAGAACACUAAGAUUUCCGGUGAGAAUGAGGUUAUUGAAGAUAAAAAUACUGAGGUUUCAAAACAAGCAGAGAAAGAUCUAGAAACAAGUGCUCCCUUGUCCUGGGUCACCAGCAGUUCUGGAGAUGAAGAUGCUGGAACUGGGGGUGCAUCUUAUUCUUCUCUUUCCCCAGAGUAUUUUGAAUUUAAUUUUCCGCAGAGAACAUUUACUCCUUUUGAGGAUGUCUAUUCAUCAUACUUGGACCGGCCUCCAAAAAGACAAGUUCCUCUUGGACCUAAUCAUCAGGCUACUCUUCCAGUGUGGAGUGGGCAUUUGCAAAACAACGUAGAAGAUUCUGAUUAUGAACAUGAUGUGCAUCUGAUGGGAAGUUGCGUCAUUCAAAUGCCUGACAUGAAACUUCCACACAAUAAUGACAAGGCUGGAAGUGGAAGAACCAACUGUGGCUGCAUUGAUGAAGGCUCUGUAAGAUGUGUGCGGCAGCACUUAACAGAAGAACGAGAAGUACUAAAGAAGGCCCUUGGACAUGAAAAAUUUGUGACUUUGGGCUUCUAUGACAUGGGAGAGGAGGUGGCACAUAGAUGGACAGAAGAAGAGCAACGGGUUUUUCAUGAGGUUGUGUACUCCAAUCCUGCAUCCCUGGGUCAGAAUUUUUGGAAGCACUUGCCAGCAGUGUUUCCUUACCGAACCACAAAGGAACUUGUCAGCUAUUAUUUUAAUGUCUUUAUACUGCAUAGGCGGGCUGUGCAGAACCGAUCGAACUUGCUCAAUGUUGACAGUGACAAUGAUGAGUGGCAUGGAAACAGGACCUCUCGUGAAGUUCGAGUUUCAGAAGAUGAUGACUCAGAUAUUGAUUCACUUGUUGAUCAAGAUGAUCAGGACGAAAUUGGGAGAAAAUCUCAUGAGAAUGAUGAUGACUCUGAUGAUGAUGAUAGUGACAAUGACGAUUGUGAUUGUGGUGGUGGUGGUGGUGGUGAUGAAGGAGAUAAAUGUGGCGAUGCGAUGGGGGAGGAUUGUGGAAUAGUUAAUGUAUCAGAUGGAUUGCAUGUGAAGUCAUUUGGUGAGAGCAGGUUUGAUACUGUGACCAGCAAGGUAGGUGGGAGCGAUGGGGUUGACGGUGGUUUCAAUGUUAAACAUGACUCCCACAUUUCUCUUCAACAUGGGCAUAGUAUGGUUGACUCGUGGUGUCCAUUUGAUGCGGAGACUUCUUUGCCAAUGAGCUCUGUCAGGACUGAUCAUAACAAAAGCUUGCAUGGACAACUGAAUGGAUCUAGGGAUGUUACGCGGCAUGUUUAUCUUAUGGAACCCUGUGAUGCUAAAGUUUGGGAUGCCAGGUAUCCAAGCCCGACGAAAGGUGUAGACUUUCUACCUACAUGCAACAUCAUCGAAGAGAUCUUUGGUAAAGAAAGUUGGGAUGACAAGACAACAAAUGGUGGUCCUACCUUUUAGAGUGCCAUGAGCUCGAUACAAAUUGUAAAUUAAGACUGCUAUGGAAGAAGAAAUUUUCUGAGGCAAAAUAGAAAUUUCUUCCAAUUCAAUUUUUUUGGGGGUAAACAUUGUCAGUGGCCGUUAUGCCCUCCUUUAUUGCCUUGUAGCCAUCUCUCAAUGAUAUCUAUAUCCUUACUGAAUUGGUCUA